ACCUUAUCCUAUCCCCUUAUCUUAAAGCAAUGCCACCAAUGAAGUAACACUUUGUCCACACCCCCUCCUCCUCCAUACAAUCCAAUUCCUACUCCUUUAGUACAGUCCUCCUGAGGGGGUUGUAAAUCUGAGAGAGAGAGAGAGAGAGAGAGAGAGAGAGAGAGAACAAUGGCAGCCUCCUUACAAGCCGCGGCGACGCUCAUGAAACCGGCCAAGGUCGGCGGUCUGGGCCGGAGCAACGUGCAGCCGCUGAGGUCUGCUCAGAUAGUUUGCAAGGCGUUCGUCGAGGAGGGCAGUGGAAGACCGAGUUGCGCACUGCAAGCUGGCAUGAAGGAAUUGGCUCACAAGUGUGCUGAUGCUGCCAAGGUUGCUGGCUUUGCUCUUGCCGCUUCUGCCCUCAUCGCUUCGGGUGCAAAUGCAGAGGGGGCUCCCAAAAGGCUAACCUUUGAUGAACUCCAAAGCAAGACUUACAUGGAAAUCAAAGGAACGGGAACCGCUAACCAGUGCCCAAUCAUAGACGGCGGGGUUGACAAAUUCGCCUUCAAGCCCGGGAAAUACAACAUGAAGAAAUUAUGCCUAGAACCCACUUCAUUCACAGUCAAAGCUGAGAGCGUGAACAAAAACGCCCCGCCGGAGUUCCAAAAAACCAAGCUCAUGACCCGCUUAACCUACACCCUCGACGAGAUCGAGGGACCCUUCGAUGUGUCCCCUGAUGGCUCUAUCAAGUUUGAGGAGAAAGAUGGAAUCGACUACGCUGCUGUCACCGUGCAAUUGCCCGGUGGCGAGCGUGUCCCGUUCUUAUUCACGGUCAAACAGCUGGUGGCGUCAGGAAAACCGGAGAGCUUUGGUGGAGAGUUCCUUGUUCCGUCGUACAGGGGUUCUUCUUUCUUGGACCCUAAGGGAAGGGGUGGUUCCACCGGGUAUGACAAUGCGGUUGCAUUGCCAGCAGGAGGGAGAGGAGAUGAGGAGGAGCUUGUAAAGGAGAACAUAAAGAAUACUUCUUCGUCGACGGGAAAGAUUACAUUGAGCGUGACGAAGAGUAAGCCGGAGACUGGAGAGGUGAUCGGAGUGUUUGAGAGCAUUCAGCCGUCCGAUACUGAUUUGGGUGCGAAGGCACCUAAGGAAGUGAAGAUCCAAGGGAUCUGGUAUGGUCAACUUGAGUAAAUAGUGCAAUGUUAAACCUGUUGUGUUCAAUCUUCGGCUCGGAUUUUGAUAAAACUUGAAGUGUAACACUGUUGGAGAAAACAUUGAGUCUACUAUCCUGCUUGUAUAUUAUCAUGGCUUUAUAUAUAUAUGUAAUGAUGUUUCAGAUUUCA